CUGAAAUAAAAUUUAUCAUACAUAUAUCUAUUUAAAAACUUAUUUUUCACAAAGCAUAUCUACCUAACCUCCAUGACCCACCCACCCACCAUCUCCCUUCCUUCAUUCCUCUUCCUCUCUUCGUCCCUCUCUUCUUCAACCUCUUUAAGGGUUAGACCGGGGAUUUCUGGAGAUCGUUUUGAAUCCCUACUCAUCGGGUCAGACCGGAUCCAUUUGGAGGUUCAAUAAGGGUUUUUCCCAGCAUCCAACAAAUGCUACAAACCUAAAAAAAAGGCAGUUCGAUCGAGAGCUUGGCAUCAGAAGAGAUCGAGCCAUAGUUCUCUUACUCGUGUGUGGUGAAGCUGAAAUCACUCUCCUAUUUUCAGUAAACAUGCAUUUCAAGUUCCACCAUAAAUACUUGACCAAUUUCAACUUAUUCAUGUAAAACAUUCAAACACAUAAAAAGAGUAAUUAACUAGAGACAUAAUAAUCCCCAUAUCAAAAUGUGGAUCACAAAAGCUCCUCCCAUAGCGGUAAUAAUUGCAAUCUUCUGGCUGGCCGUCGUCGCUCCACCUGCAUCAGCAGCCGACGCCACCCCCGCCAGUCCACCGGCGCAGGAGGACGUACAGGACAGCGUGGUGCCUGCCACGUCGCCGCCGGUAAAACAAGACGCCGAGACCGACGAUCGCGCCCCGAAGCCGGGGACAGGCGUGGGCGGGCUGGUGGACUCGAAGAAGGGCUCGUGGUGGGCCUACAUGCACGUCCACGUCGUGAACGAGCUGAGCGGCGGGCGGGCCGUGACGGUCCACUGCAAGUCCAAGAACAACGACAUGGGGGUCCACGUCGUCCCGCCCGGGUCCGAGUACCAGUGGCGGUUCCGGCCCAGCAUCUUCGGCAACACGGUCUUCUGGUGCCACGUGGCGAAGGGGAAUGUUGAGGUUGUGUUCGAUGCGUUUAACGAGGAGGAUAAGGAUCCCUGGGAGAGGAUUCACAUGGACAAUACGUACUGGGUCGCCAGGGACGACGCCGUUUAUCUGAGGCAGUUCUGGAAGAACAACAACAUGGUUUUCUGGCGUAAAUGGCCCUGAUUAUUCCAUAUAGCAUAUUAAUAUAUUAUAGACUACUAUUUUUGUUUCGUGGAAUAUUUUACGUAGUACAUCAAAUCGGCUUCUUCUUUUCGACAUGCAUGUACGCUCUGCUAAACCUGUCAUAGGUUAGAGACCGAGCACGAUUUGGGCAUUCAAUUUUGAUAAUGCUGGCAAGGAAAGAAUUUUUUUCUUCCUUCUUCUUCUUCCUUGUCCAUGGCAAAUUGGUCUACAUAAUUUAUUUCAAAACAAACAAUUUGAGAAAAUGGGAAUUUCGAGUGAUUUUUUCGAGAGGUUAUUUUAAUUGAAUUUUGAAGGCUAUAGACGGAUUUGGCCAUAGGCUAUUCUUCACCAAUGAUUAAGUAUAUUGAGCACUGAUUUGGACAUAUUUUUCCCGGGUCCAUUUUUGGCAGAUUUCAAAGGGGGUCAUCACAGAUUUCAAACGAUUUUUUCGAAAGGGCAUUUUACUUGGAUUUUAAAGUCUACACAUUUUUUCAUAGGGCAAUUUCGUAAUUUUUGGUUGAUUUUUUUGAUAGGCAAUUUUCUUUGGUUUGAAUGCUACAGAUGACAGAUUCAACCAUAGGCUUAUUUUCACUGAUGAUUAAGUUUAUUAAGCACCGAUUUGGGCAGAUUUAUUCCUCGUUUAUUUUUGGUCGAUUCCAAAGGGGUACCUGUUUGUGUCUAAUUAGUACCAGGCGGUUUGCGAUGCUCACGAGCUUUGAAUGAUCCACGAUCGUGGGGGCGGUCACGUGCUGCAAGAAAGGUCCUUAGGGGGA